UUCGGCAUCGGCGUUGCUCUCGCGCUGAGGCGCUAGGCCGGCGUCUCUCAGGGGCGCGGGUCGAGUGCCGGCGGCGCGGAGCUGGUCGCCGCGCGGCGUCCACUGUGGCGUCACGGCCAUUGUGUCGUGCCAGUGACGCGGGGAAUUGUUCCCACUACGGCUAGUUAGGCCGCUUUAGCCCAGAGCUGGCUCUGCGGCUACACUGGCAGGUCGCUGUGAGCGCCCGACAUUUCUCUUUUUGGACCCUUCGUCAGCAGCGACCCUGAGCCAAAAGCCGGAACCCCCGGCAAUGGCGGCCUCGACGGCGUCGCACCGGCCCAUCAAGGGGAUCCUGAAGAACAAGACCGCUGCGACUUCCUCGGUGGUGGCCUCGGCCGAAGAGCCCCGCCGGAGCGUCGACGAGGAGCUGAGCAAAAAGUCCCAGAAGUGGGAUGAAAUGAACAUCCUGGCAACCUAUCAUCCAGCUGACAAAGACUAUGGUUUAAUGAAAAUAGAAGAACCAAGCACUCCUUACCAUAGUAUGAUAGGUGAUGAUGAAGAUGCAGUUAGUGAUUCAGAACCGACAGAAGCCCUAACUCCAGAUGUCUUAGCUAAGAAAUUAGCUGCUGCUGAGGGCUCAGAGCCAAAGUAUCGGCUUCGGGAACAAGAAAGCAGUGGAGAAGAGGAUAAUGAUCUCUCACCGGAAGAGCGAGGUAAAAAAAAGCGACAAUUUGAAAUGAAAAGGAAGCUUCACUACAAUGAAGGACUGAAUAUUAAGUUAGCUAGACAAUUAAUUUCAAAAGACUUACAUGAUGAUGAGGAAGACGAAGAAAUGUCAGCAACUGCAGAUGGUGAAAGCAUGAAUGUUGAAGAAUCAAAGCCAGGAUCUACUACAGGUGAUCAACGGCAAAACAAAUCAUAAAGUUCAUAGAAGAGCUUUGUUCAGCACUGCAGUUGUCAAAUACAAGUCCUGUUACUAUAAUACACUGCUUCUUCUUCUCCACAAUUCAUGAUUUAUGAAUCAAAAUACAUCCCAGUUUAUUAUAUAUUGCCAAGAAUUAAAUGAUGACCUUAGAGACUGAUUAGACGAAAAUGCCUAAUGAAUGCAUAUAUUCUUGUGCCUCAUACGUCACCACAGAUACAGUAUAAUCUCAUCAGUCCAAAACUGCUUUACUUUUGUAAGAACACUGGUUGAUUUGUAUAAGAUAUUAUAUAGCUUUUUAUGCGUUAGAAGUUAACGUCUUUCGGGGGGAGGGAAACUAACUUAUUUUCAUCACUUGUAGAUGUGGUACCUCUUAUAAAGAGUUAGUUGGGCUUUUUGCUUUUUACCAAAAGCCAGUUGGAACUACAGGACUUACAGGUUGAUAAAUACUCAGGCUGAAAGGUAUUUUUAACAGUUGUCUUUAGUGUGAUUUGUCUGUUUGAGAAGGAUUACAAGAGUUACUGUUAUAUUUUCUAGUUACAACCUUCAGAAUACCUGUUGAGGGGUUUUUUUGUGCUUACAAGGAAAGGAUUGACAUUUUUCUCAUCAAAACCAGAUUGUUUUUGUUUUUGUUUUGUUUUUUAGAUGUCAUAUUAAACUUGCACUAAUGUCUGCUCUGCUUGUUUUGGUGCACUGGGCAGACUUCAAAUCAGUUUCUUCAAUAAAUACAGUUCUAGUGCAGCUAUGUCUGCUUCCCCUUA